AUGUUAAUGGAAUUAAUAAUUCCUCAUAAGAACGUAAUUGAAAAUAUUAAGACUGAUUCUAUUAACAUAAAGAGGAAAACCCAGUCGUGGGAGUAUAUAACUUGUCAGUACAAUAACAAGAACUCAGAAACUGGAAAAAGAACAGUAACUCAAUUAAAAAAUGUUUAUGAUAUGGCAAAGAGACGAGCCAAAAAAGAACUGAUUUCUGAUAAAGUUUCAAUGUAUAAAUGUAUGAAAGAUAUCACUGAUGAAGACCAAUUAGUAAUUGUAGAUUUAGUACAGUCAUGCCGUUCAGAAAUAUUAAAUAGUCGUCCGUAUCAACUAGAUGAAGUAUGGUCAAAUAUUACAGAAACAUACAAUCUUCAUCAAACAUCUGGUUUUAAAACAGUUGAUGAAAUCAAGCAAAUUCAUGAAAAUUUGAACAAAACGGCAAAAAAAGAAAAUAAAAAUGAUAAAGUUGAAAGAUAUAAAACUGGGGGUGGAAAGUACUCAAAAACAAUGUCAGGUGUCAGUGAACAGGUUUUGGGAAUUAUAGGUGACCGAAUAGAACCUCUUGUGAAUCCACACGACAAUGAUUUUAGCUAUACAGAACUGAUAGAAAACCAUAAUACAGACCAUUUCAAAAAUAUCCAGGAUGACAAUUAUAGUAUGGAUAAUGUAGAAGUUAUUACUUUCGACAAUGAAGAAAUGGAUGAGUUUAAUGUUUCUUUAGAAGAUUUAACAUAUGCUGGUACUCAACAAAUCAACUGGGGUAAGAUUUUAUCAAACGAAAAAUGCGAAACAGUUACAUCAAAUGCAAGUGUUAUGCUAAAAUCAAAACCAUCCAACACUAUUCCAGAUCAAACAUCAGCAAAAAAAAAUAGUAAAAAUGUAACUGCUCCUAAAGGACAAUAUCAUUCAACACAAAAAACCGUUUGUGAAGGGUUACAAGAGUUAAAAAAAAAAAGAACGAAUAAAGUGGAAGCUAAAAAUGAGUUUUUGUCAGAGUUGCAAGAUAUAAAAAUGAAAAAAGCAAAAUUAGAACUUCAAGCGGCUGAAAUAACAAUUAAAAUACUAGAUACUGAACUUGCAACUAAACAAAUGGAAAUGGAUUAA